AUGGAUGGAUUAAUGCUUAAAGAACCGAAAUCGAACCUUUUCUACCAAAUUUUCAAACUUGCCAGAGUAAAAUACAAUAUUAAUAUUAUUUUAUUUUAUAAGGGUGCGAAUCAACUUUUGAAUGCUUAAAAUGCCAGACCUCCAAUGUUACUCAAUGCAUUGAAUGUAAUGAUCCAAUUAAUCAAAAGUCUCUUGCGAUUGGAGAUUUAGAAUAUCCUUGUUGUAUAUUCAAUCAGUUAAACUUUAUUAGAACCCUAAACUUCUUCAUCUUUGAGUUCCAUCUCUAAUUGCCAUAUUUAUAAUUACUAUGAUCAAUAUAAUUGUUUGGUAUGCCUUUCAGGCUUCUAUUUAUCUAAAAAUGGUUAUUUUAAUAUUUCAGCUAACAGAUACUAAGAUAUUUGCCAACCAAAUGUCCAGACAGACCUUUGUCUUCAGUCAAGAUCAGAAUUUGUUUGCGAUACCUGCAUAUAUGGAUAUAAUACUAUCUAAAUAGGAGAUAAAAAGUCUUGUCACAAAUGCAAUUAGUAAAAUGGCGCUUAAAUCAAAACUCUAAGGUGUGAGUUUGAAAUAGAAUAAUCAACUUCUAAUGUUAUUUAGAAGAAAAUCACUUCAUGUCUUGGAGGGUUCGUUGACUUAUAAACAGGAGAAUGUGUAAGUAGCUGUGGGGUAGGGAGAUAUGGAAAUGUUACCUUGGGCUAUUCAGGAAUGAUUGAAUAAACUCUUUGUUUGGACUGCGAUUCAUCAUGCUAUGAAUGCUCUUCAUAAAAAACUUAAUGCCUAUCCUGCAAAGAAGAGUUCUAUCUUGAUUCACUAACUAAGACUUGCAAAUAGAAGAAUGGAUUACUUGAAACGACCAUCUAUGUUUAAUCUAAAGACUUUAGCAAUGAUUACACACCUAAUGGGAUCACCUUAUAAGUCAGCUAAUAUAUUGAUCUUGCUGUUUGCUGA